GCCUCCGCGCCGAAUCCUGGCCCCCCAACUUCUUGCAGCCCGUGAAGCAGGACCUCCGGGUCCUGGAGGUGGGGAGUGGGGGCUGCCGUCCUGCUUGGGCCUCUGCCGCCCUCUCCUGGGUAAGGUGAUACAUGGGCGCUUCCAGGUGGGUGGGCUGAGAGCUUGGGGGAGAGGACAGGGAUGUCCACCUCUCGAAGUUUCCAGGUUCAAGAAACCCCAGAACGUUAAAGAAAGAUGGGCUCCCGCAAUUGCCCAUCCCCAUCCCAUAGGCUGUACGCAUGCGGAAAGCCGGGCCAAGCGGGGCAUGGACUUACCCAAGGUCACGCAGCGAGCCCGGUCCCCCAGGGUUCCCCUGGGGAGCGGCGAGCAGGGGCGCGGCGGUGGGGUGGGGGCGGGGAGCGGCGCGGCCCUGCGGGGAGAGGCUGCCGUUUACGGAGUGUCCGGCAGGGGUCUGCUCGCUGCCAGCCCGGUCCCUCUUCAGAGCAGCUGCCGCAGCCCGAGGAUGGCGGAGGAGAUCAUCACACCGGUGUACUGCACCGGGGUGUCAGCCCAAGUGCAGAAGCAGCGGGCCAAGGAGCUGGGCCUGGGCCGCCAUGAGAAUGCCAUCAAGUACCUGGGCCAGGAUUAUGAGCAGCUGCGGGCGCGAUGCCUGCAGAGUGGGACCCUCUUCCGUGAUGAGGCCUUCCCCCCAGUGCCCCAGAGCCUGGGUUUCAAGGACCUGGGUCCCAAUUCCUCCAAGACCUAUGGCAUCAAGUGGAAGCGUCCCACGGAGCUGCUUUCAAACCCCCAGUUCAUCGUGGAUGGAGCCACCCGCACAGACAUCUGCCAGGGAGCACUGGGGGACUGCUGGCUCCUGGCGGCCAUUGCCUCACUUACUCUUAACGACACCCUCCUGCACCGAGUGGUUCCACAUGGCCAGAGCUUCCAGAAUGGCUAUGCCGGCAUCUUCCACUUCCAGCUGUGGCAAUUUGGGGAAUGGGUGGACGUGGUCGUGGAUGACCUGCUGCCCAUCAAGGACGGGAAGCUAGUGUUCGUGCACUCUGCCGAAGGCAAUGAGUUCUGGAGCGCCCUGCUUGAGAAGGCUUAUGCCAAGGUAAAUGGCAGCUACGAGUCCCUGUCAGGGGGCAGCACCUCGGAGGGCUUUGAGGACUUCACAGGUGGGGUCACCGAGUGGUACGAGUUGCGAAAGGCUCCGAGUGACCUCUACCAGAUCAUCCUCAAGGCGCUGGAGCGGGGCUCCCUGCUGGGCUGCUCCAUAGACAUCUCCAGCGUUCUAGACAUGGAGGCCAUCACCUUCAAGAAGCUGGUGAAGGGCCACGCCUACUCUGUGACCGGGGCCAAGCAGGUGAACUACCGAGGCCAGAUGGUGAACCUGACGAUGCGGAACCCCUGGGGCGAGGUAGAGUGGACGGGAGCCUGGAGCGACAGCUCCUCAGAGUGGAACAGCGUGGACCCAUAUGAACGGGAGCAGCUCCGGGUCAAGAUGGGAGGACGGGGAGUUCUGGUGAGCGGCCCUCCCCUUUCCUCCCACCUCUACCCCUACACAUCAGCUCUGUGCCCUGACGGGCUGUGCCUCACCUGUGCACCUCCUCCCUCAGGAUUCAUUCCAGACUUCAUGCGGGAGUUCACCCGCCUGGAGAUCUGCAACCUCACGCCCGACGCCCUUAAGCGCGGACCAUUCCGCAAAUGGAACACCACACUCUAUGAAGGCACCUGGCGGCGGGGAGCACGCGCGGGGGGCUGCCGGAACUACCCAGCCACCUUCUGGGUGAACCCCCAGUUCAAGAUCCGGCUGGAUGAGACAGAUGACCCGGACGACUACGGGGACCGCGAGUCAGGCUGCAGCUUCGUGCUCGCCCUUAUGCAGAAGCACCGCCGCCGCGAGCGCCGCUUCGGCCGCGACAUGGAGACUAUUGGCUUUGCGGUCUACGAGGUCCCUCCGGAGCUGGUGGGCCAGCCGGCCCUACACUUGAAGCGCGAUUUCUUCCUGGCCAAUGCGUCUCGGGCACGCUCAGAGCAGUUCAUCAACCUGCGAGAGGUCAGCACCCGCUUCCGCCUGCCACCUGGGGAGUAUGUGGUGGUGCCCUCCACCUUCGAACCCAACAAGGAGGGCGACUUCGUGCUGCGCUUCUUCUCGGAGAAGAGUGCUGGGACCGCGGAGCUGGAUGACCAGAUCCAGGCCAAUCUCCCCGACGAGGUGCGUGGUCCCACCCUACCAGACCCUGUCCUCCUCUCUUCCUCACCCCUGGGUGUGUGCAGUCGCUCUCAGAGGGAGAUUGAUGAGAACUUCAAGGCCCUCUUCAGGCAGCUGGCAGGGGAAAGGAGCUGCGGACAAUCCUCAACAGGAUCAUUCAGCAAACACAAAGACCUGCGGACCAAGGGCUUCAGCCUAGAGUCGUGCCGCAGCAUGGUGAACCUCAUGGAUCGUGACGGCAAUGGGAAGCUGGGCCUGGUGGAGUUCAACAUCCUGUGGAACCGCAUCCGGAAUUACCUGUCCAUCUUCCGGAAGUUUGACCUGGACAAGUCGGGCAGCAUGAGUGCCUAUGAGAUGCGGAUGGCCAUCGAGUCGGCAGGCUUCAAGCUCAACAAAAAGCUUUAUGAGCUCAUCAUCACCCGCUACUCGGAGCCCGACCUGGCCGUCGACUUUGACAAUUUCGUGUGCUGCCUGGUGCGGCUAGAGACCAUGUUCCGAUUUUUCAAGACUCUGGACACAGAUCUGGAUGGAGUCGUGACGUUUGACUUGUUUAAGUGGUUGCAGCUGACCAUGUUUGCAUGAGGCAGGGACUCGGUCCCCCUUGCCAUGCUCCCCUCCCUCCUCGUCUGCCAAGCCAUGCCUCCUGCCACACCACACCAGGCCACGCCAGCUGCAAGUGCCUUCCUUGGAGCAGAGAGGCAGCCUCGUCCUCCUGUCCCCUCUCCUCCCAACCACCAUCGUUCAUCUGCUCUGGGCAGAGCUGUGUGGCCCCUGCCUGCGCCAGCUAUGGGCUCGGGAUGGACUCCCUGGGCCCCUCCCAUUGCCAAGCCAGGAAGGCAGCUUUCGCUUGUUCCUGCCUCGGGACAGCCCCAGGUUUCCCCAGCAUCCUGAUGUGUCCCCUCUCCUUACUUCAGAGGCCACCCACUCAGCAGCACCGGCCGGGCCUUGACUGCAGACUGUAAACUGUAACCACUAGCUCUACACGGUCUGCAGUCCAGGCGCGUGGAGCCGCCUCCUGGCUCGGGGAGGCCCCGGGGCUGGGAACGCCUGUGCCUUCCUGUGCCAAAGCCAGUGCCCCCUCUGUCCCUCCCUGGCCCUGUUGCCGACCAGGAGCUGCCCAAUCUGUGGGCGGUCGGCCUUCCCUCCUUCGCUCCUUUUUUAUAUUAGUGAUUUUAAAGGGGACUCUUCAGGGACUGUGUACUGGUUAUGGGGGUGCCAGAGGCACUAGGCUUGGAGUGGGGAGGUCCCAUGUUCCAUAUAGAGGAACCCCAAAUAAUAAAGGAAAAGGCCCCACAUCUGUCUGUGA